AGAGUCGGCUACUCAAGCCAUCAAGUCUUUGAAUAAUUCAGAAUCUUCAAACUUCGCUUCAUAUAUGACUGACCCAAGAACACCUUAACAUUCACACAACCAGAGAGAUACAAGAACACAAAAGAUAAGAAGAUAAAAAUGAUAAACAGUGAGAGCUUCGCCGGUGUAGGCUCAACAAUUGCAAGCUUGAUGUUCUUGUGGGCAGUUUGCAAGCAAUACUUUCCAAACCAGCUUGAGAACUACUUCUCCAAAUACUACACAAAGUUCAUUACUCUCAUCUAUCCAUACAUAGAGAUCAGCUUCCCUGAAUACUCUGGCCAACGGCUCAAACUCAGUGAGGCUUACACUGCUAUCGAGUCCUACCUCUCCAACACCACCUCCGAACGCGCCAAACGUCUCAAAGCCGAGAUGGGCCAUGACAGUGAUAAGCUCAUCCUCAGCAUGGCCGAGAAUGAAGAGAUCACUGAUGAGUUCCGUGGUGUCAAGCUCUGGUGGUACUCAAACAAGAUCUCGUCCAACAGACCGACCAUAUCUUUCUACCCGACAGACGAUGACAAACGGUCUUACCGUCUGACGUUUCACCGGAGACACAGAGCACUUGUUAAUGACUCUUAUCUUCCUCUUGUUAUCCAACAAGGAAAGGCCAUUGCUGUGCAGAAGAGGAAGAGAAAGCUUUACACCAACAGCUCAAACUUUGAUUACAGUGAGUUUAGGAAGUUGGUUUGGAGUCAUGUUGCGUUUGAGCACCCUGCCACGUUUGAAACCCUGGCCAUGGAGCCUGAGAUGAAACUUGAGAUCAUUCAAGACUUGGUGAAGUUUAGCAAGAGCAAGGAGUACUAUGCCAAGAUUGGGAAGCCAUGGAAGAGAGGUUACUUGCUUUUUGGUCCUCCAGGAACUGGGAAAUCCACUAUGAUUGCUGCCAUGGCUAACUUGCUGGAUUAUGAUGUUUAUGAUCUUGAACUCACGGCAGUGAAGGAUAACAGUGCUUUGAGGAGGCUCUUGUUGAAUACUACAAGCAAGUCGAUAAUUGUUGUCGAAGAUAUUGAUUGUUCUUUGGAUUUAUCAGGGAAGCGCAAGACCGGAGGAGACCAGCAAGAGGGGAAUAAGGAGGAGGAGGAGAAGAAGAAGGCCAUGGGUGGUCCUCCUGGUAAGGAGGAGAGCAAGGUUACUCUGUCAGGGUUGCUUAAUUGUAUAGAUGGAUUAUGGUCUGCAUGUGGUGGAGAGAAGUUGAUUGUUUUCACCACCAACCAUAUUGAGAAGCUUGAUCCUGCAUUGAUAAGGAGGGGAAGGAUGGACAAGCAUAUUGAAUUGGGAUUCUGUGGGUAUGAAGGGUUUAAGGUGUUGGCUAAGAAUUAUCUUGGAGUGGAAUCUCAUCCAUUGUUUGAUAGUAUUCAUGAGUUGUUGAAGGAGAAGAAGAUGAGUCCUGCUGACGUGGCAGAGAAUUUGAUGCCAAAGAAUGAGUCUGAGGAUCAAGCUGAUCUUUGCCUGCAGAGUCUUGUUAAGGCUCUUAAAGAAUGCAAGUCUGAGAAUGAGAAAGAUGAGGAAGAAGAAGGAGAGCAAGAGAAGAAGAAGGUAAAGACAGAUGAAGAGAAGUCGGUGAAUGAUGUGAAGGUUGGAGAUAAAGAAACUGAAGAAAACAAAGAAGAUUGAUUGCUUAGUAAUUAAGGAAUAUUAAAGUGUUGGUUGAUGUUCUUGGUUUACUUGGAAUAUUAUUACUGGUUAGUAUUGUGUUCCCCAUUAAUGAACAUUAUAUGAGGCUGAGGUUACGUGUUAAAUAAUGCCGGAAAACCACUCACAGCGUGGUUUAUAAGAUGGAAGUUACUUGAGAAUCAAGCAAUAUCAUAAACAAUAC